AUGGUGUGUCUGCACUUCAAUCGGAGGGUUGCGCGCGCCCUGGUGGAGGAGGGCUUCCGGCUGGACCGGAAGGAGGGCUUCCAUGCCUCGUACAUUUUGCUGGAUCUGCCGUGGGACGAGGACGGCCUUCGGCAACGUCUCGGCGAGGAGCUCCAUGCGGCAGUGCAGCGCGACGACCGGACAGCGUUGCGUGCGCUGCUGGCGGCUGCCGACGGUGGCGACGCCGUGCGCGCCAGGAGCGACCGUGGCUGGACGCUGAUGAUGGAGGCGGCCGCCAGGGACCGCGCCGCCCUGGUGCACGAGCUGCUGCCCCACUUUGAUCUGGAGGCCGUUGACGCGCAGGGCGCCACCGUGCAUGCGCUGGCGGCGUGGAAUGGCGCGGAUGCUGCGCUGAGAGCGCUCGGCCCAUACCGCGGCACGGUGGGCAGGGACGGCCGGUACACGGCAUUGCACCAGGCAGCGUCCGCCGGCCGUGCCAGCACUGUGCAUCUGCUGCUGGAGCAAGGCCCCGACGACGGCGGCAGCACCUGCUCCACCGGCGAGACGCCGCUGCAUCGUGCAGCCGCCCAGGGGCACACUGCGGUAAGCGCCGCUGUCAACGCCCGCACCAAUGCUGGUUGGACGCCGCUGUUCCUGGCGGCGCGUGCGGGCAGCGUAGAGGCGCUGGUGGCACUGCUGGAUGGCGGGGCAGACCCGCUGGUGCCUGUGGGCCCCGCAGCGCAUCGGCGGCUGUGCUGGGAGGCGCUGUGCCUCAGCGAAGGGGUGUCCACUGAGCAGCACGGCGCGGCCGCAGAGGCGCUGCUUCACUGCACGCUGCGCUGCGUGGCGCAGCAGGGCAGGCCGUGGCGAGGAUGGACCGAGGGCAGCCUGCUGGGUGCCCUCACCCCGCUGCACCUGGUGGCGCUCUGCGGCGACGCGGCCAGCAUACGGCAGGCGGUGGCAGCGCCUGGUGCCGCCGCCCUGCUCACCCAGCGCACCGGCGGCGUGCUGGGCGGCGCCAACCGGCUGACGGCGCUGGAGCUGGUCAUUGAUCUGUACAGCGGCCUGCCGGAGCGUGGCGGCGCGGCACUGUGGCAGGCGGUGGCACCGCCGCUACUGCCCAGUUACGGCAGUGCCGCGCCGCUGGCAGAGAUGCUCGUGAGCGAUCGGUUGCGCGGCGGCGGCGCCAUUGUCACGCCGCAGCUGCUGGCGGCAGGGGCCCUGGGGGCAGAUACUGGGGUAGUCAGGCGCUUGGCGCAGCUGGGCUACGGUCCCAGCCGUGGCGAGGACCUGGCGGCUGCGGUGGCGCAGCUGGCGGCGGCGCUGCGGGCGCACGCUGACGGCUGCGGCGGCGGCGGUGGCGGCGGGGCUGCCAAAGACCGCUCAAUGAUGGAUGCCUUGAAGAAGGUCACGACCAAGCAGUGCAUGAAGCUGCCGGGCAGUGUGCUGUCCGACUUCCUGGCGAACGGCGUGGGCAGCGCUGUGCUGCAAUUCAUACAGGACCAUCACGACAAGGUGCCUCACCUGGUGCUGUCGCUGAUGGGGCAGUGCUUGACAGUGUGUAUUAUACCUCUCAGAUCCUUCACCUACAUUGUUUUUAUCUUUCAGUUCUACGAUCAGAUCUCUGUCAUCCCUUCCAGUUCCCUGUGCACAUCAUCAGCUCAAGCUUGCAGCAACUUGAGCUCGGAGAGUAUUGCAGCGUUGUCUAUCGUGCCUGUAAGACCUUCGACCAUCAAUCCGCGUUAUUGCAGGCCCACCCGGAGGGCACAACCUAACUGGCAGCGUCUCCUGGCCGCUUGCCGGUGCCCAUCCUGCGAACUGUUGACCCUGCCCGGCGCACGCAGCAAUAAUUUACGUGUUGGGUUGUCUGGUAGCGCAGGUGGCGGCCAACGCGGCAUGAAGGGACGCGAGCUGAGAGGACCUUGCGCCGCGUUGCUGCCGCUCCUCACGGCGCUUCUUGCCACCUGCGUGGACCAUGCACGGGCGCAAGACUGCGCGGCGCAGCUGCGGGCGGCCGCCGGGGCGGGUGCCACCACAGAAUGGAUUGACCCAGCCACUCCCGAUGAUGCCUGCACGGCACAGCUAUGCACCGGGGACUAUGCCGCCUGCAACCUGGUAUUCAGUGACGAGUUUGAAACUCCCGGCCAGGCCUUUGGCCCGGCGGCGGGCAACCCGCGCUGGACGGCGGAGCGUAUGUGGUAUUGGGUGACCGAGGACAUUGAGGUGUACCUGCCUGAGCAGGUCACCACAGAAGGCGGCGCCGCCGUCAUAACGGUGGACAGGGUGGCGGCGGGGCAGCCCAACGCCACCGCGCUGGCGCAGCGCCCCGACGGCGCCGUGUGGAACGCCUCCUCGGCCUUCAAGUCGGGCUUUGUGGACAGCUGGAACAAGUUCUGCUUCACGGGUGGCUACCUGGAGGCGCGCCUGCAGCUGCCGGGGGACGAGGUGGUGUCUGGAUUCUGGCCCGCGCUGUGGCUGAUGGGCAACCUGGGGCGGGCCGGGAGGGCCCAGUCCACCGCCGGCAUGUGGCCCUUUACGUACGACACGUGCGGCGGCGGCGACGCGGGCCCCACCCAACAGGCCAUCUCCGCCUGCCCAGACCCGCCCGGAUUUGACCGCACCAAGUUCGGGCUGGUGCCGGGCCAGGGGCGCGGCGCCCCUGAGAUUGACCUUGUGGAAGUGAUGGUGGGCUCCAGCAGGAGGCUGAAGCCGGGCCAGCGCCCGCCCGACCCCAAGCCGGGGCAGCAAGUGUACCCUCACAACCUGCUGACGCUGCAGGCGUGUGGUGCUGCGUGUGAUGGCGCCGCGCUGCUGGCGCCGCCGUCGCUGGCGCCGCCGCUGACCGCGCCGCCGCUUCCCAACGGCACCACAUGGACGGAUGAGGGCAAGCCGGGGCCAGGGCAGUACCUUCCGCAGGACUUCCUUCCAGAGGGCAUGGUGACAGAGACGGCCUGGUGGAAGGGCCCCUUCACAGAAGCCAAUGACAGCCAGCAGACGAGGCCGGGGAGCCUGUACCAGGAUGCGGUGGGGGCCUACGCCUCGCUGGAGCCUUCAUUCUGGACCGCCUACCACACCUUUGGCCUGGUGGGUGGCCUGGCUGGCCUGUGGCACGCCGCGCACUGGGUGCCGGGGCAGUACAUCCGAUGGUACAUCGACGGCACCCUGGUGUACGAGGUCGGCAGCGAGGCGCUGAGGGCGCAGACCAACAGCACCGGCUACACCACAUAUGAGCGCCUCGUGCCGCUGGAGCCCAUGUACAUCAUAUUCAACCUGGCCAUGUCCAACUCGUUUGGGUACGUGGACCUGGAGAAGCUGGAGUUCCCGUCGCAGUACAAGGUCGACUACAUCCGCGUGUUCCAGAACGCCUCGGCCGUCAACCUGGGCUGCAGCCCCAAGGACUUCCCCACCCAGCAGUACCUGGCCUGCAACCGCGACAAGUAUUUGCUGACAGAGGAGGACCAGGGGCUGGUGCAGGGGGCCUGCCUGCAGGCGCCCUCCUGCCGCCAGGAGGCCAACGUGAACUUCGAGGGCGGGGACAUCCCGUCAGGCGACGGCCAGACGUUUGUGCAGCCGCGGCAGCUGGGCAGCGCACGGGAGUGCUGCCAGGCGUGCCAGGCCAUGCCCGCCUGCGGCGCAUACGUCUACUCUACAUCGCAGCAGACCUGCUUCUUUAAGGCGCCCACGGGGUGGACCAAGGCGCCCGUUGCCGACCAGCAGUGGGGGGCGCUGGCGGGGGUGGUGUACGACGCGGGAGAAAGCUGGCCACGCGGCACAGAGGGCAGCGGCGGGCCCCCACCCCCGGCGCCCGACGGCAGCCCUUCGGCGCCCCCACAGCCUCCCAGCGGUGGCAGCGGCGUGCCGCCGCCGGCCCCCGACGGCGACGGCGCUGCGCCGCCCCCACGCCCGUCCAGUGGCAGCAGCGCCAUGCCACCGCCGCCGGACACUGACGAAGCCAGCCCGGCGCCGCCCCCUGCGCCCUCCAGCGGCGGCGCUCGGUCGGGUGGGCGCGCCGCCCUGCAGCUGGCGGCGCUCCCAGGGGAACAUCCAGGGCGCGCCUGCGGGCGGGCAAAGGUGGAGGCGGCAGCGUAUCAUGCGGCGGCGCAGCAGCAGGCGGGCGCCAGCGGGGGCCUGCUGCACGUCAACCCCAAGCAGCUGGCCUGCAUCCUGCGGCGGCGCAGCAAGCGGCAGAAGCAGGAGGCCGAGAACAAACUGCCCCGCGUGCGCCAGCCCUACAUCAACAAGAAGCUACACACCCACGCCACAGGCCGGCUGCGCGGCAGCCACGGAAAGUUUCUCAGCAACGCCGAGGCGGCGGAGCAGGAGCGGCGCCGGGCAGCAGAGCCCGCCGACCGAGCAGACACCUGCCUGGGGCGGCAGCCCGAGCACGAGGAGGAGGGACAAGAGGAGCCGCUGGAGCAGCAGGAGGAGGGCCUAGAUGAGCAGGAGCAGCAGGAGCAGGAGGAGGAGGAGGGCGAAGGCCUAGAGGAGGAGGGUGGCUCGGAGGAUGAGCCGCAAGAGGCGUCGCCGGCAGAGGCACGAGCGCAGCAGCAGCAGCAGCAGCAGCAUGACCCAGCAGACCGCAGCUAG